AUGAUUUUAUUUGUUCUCCAGAUUCCUGAAAAUGUCCCAGUUGGUAGCACCAAUGAGUACAAACGAGUGGUGGCACUGCGAGAGUCAGAUAAGGCGCUGUUUGAUCUUAGCGUGACUAUCCCGAACGCAGACUCAACUGCAAGUAGUGACACCGACGCAGACAAGCUGCGUGCUGACAUCAGUGUCAAGUUGAGGAUGACAGGUGUCAAUGUCAUCUUCAUGAACAGAUUCGUUACCGACAUCUCUGCGUAUGGCUUGGACUUUGCUGCGGCCAUGGCCAAGUACACCGAAGAGUUGCAACAGGCCAAGACAAACCCACACGAACAAAGCGUUGAGCUUAAGCACAGCAGCUCAGGUGGUCCCAGGCCGUCUGUGAGUACGGUGCCAAUGCGAGACAAGGCACAAGCCUCGAUGCAAACUCUGACCAAACGGAACACUGUCAGUGCUAUCAAACUGCGACGACCAUCUACAUUGGUCGAUGAGAACAGACUGGGCGUGCAACAACAGGGCCGGAGUAAGAGUAUUAAUAAUCAUAAUGCCGCGCCAGGGGACAGGCGCCGAAGUUCGGCGAAGCUCAAACGGAGAAAUUCGUCUGCGAAUAGUGACAAGGCACUGCGUAAUAGUCUGACGACUACCAUUUCUAAGGUAGGUGCUUAA